AUGAAUGAUAUUCAUAAAGGAUAACUAAAAGAUGGUCCAUAAUUAAAAUAUAUAAGUUAUGAAGAUAAAUUAGAGUUCAAUCGAAAUGUAAGAUAAUGGCAUAAUAAAUUUGUUUAUUAAUAAUUUGAUUUAAGUGGAUUGAAAGGAAUUCAUUUAGAUAAAAAUGAUAAAUUCAAACUAUUGAAAGAAUAAUUAACAUCAUUCAAUAAAUAAGUAAAUCUAUAUAUACAAUUAGUUACAAUAAGCUGAAAUUAGUAAAAUAACUCCUUAAAAUUUCCCUUCUCGUUAUAAUUUUCACUCUUAGAUUUUAUAAUUAUUAAGAGAAGCUUUAUUAUCAUCUAAUAAACAAUAAUAAGAAGAAUUUAUUUAAAAAAUAUAUGAUUGGAAUAAUCAAGAAUAAACAAGUUCAAUAAAAAGUAGAUGUAAACACAUUCAAUCUGUUGAUUUUAAAUAUGAAAGUUCCAAUUUUGAUGGUACAACAAAUGAUGAAACUAAAAGACAUUUCUUAGAUUUUAAUGAACAAAAGUAAUUACCCAGUUAAAUUAUAUAAGAAAAUAUUAAGGAUUUUAAAUAAUUGUAAAGAACUAUUCAUAAAGAAAUUGAUCCUCCUGAUCUUAGGUAUUAAUUAUAAUUUAAUUUUUAGAUUAUAAUAAUACUCUAGAAAAACAUUGAUUCAAUAAUAAUUAUAAAUCUCUUAAUUAAAACCAGACUCUUAAUCAUCUUUUUUUCCAACCUAAAAUAAUCUUAAUAGAUUCUCUGCCUAUGAAUAAUAGCAAUAAGAAAAUGAAACAGAAAAUGAAGAAAAUAAAAUGCCUAUUGAACCAAAUAAAGUUUUUCUUAAAGACGAUUAAGAUUUAAGUAUAUAAAGAUAAUAAAGUAAAUCUUUUGAAUUUAGAUAAAAUUAUUAAGCAUAUUAACCAUCUAAUUCAGAAAUUGAAGCAUCUUUAUAAUAAAGAUGGAUUACCAAUAGAUAUAAAGAACAAUAAUCUAAAAAAGAAGAUUAAGAAUUAAUUGAAUCUAUGUUAAAAUGGUCAAAAAAUAAAUCUAGAAUAUAUAAAGAAAUUGAUAGAAGAUAAGAUUCAUCUUAAUUUGGAAGUAGAUAUAAGAAUUUAGAAUUUAUUCCAGAUUCUCCUUUAUAAACAAAAAAGUAAUAUUAUAUUGGUUAUGAUCCAAAAGUGGUUAAUUUGAAGCAAUUGCCUAUUAUUGUGAAUACAUCUAAAAAUAACUCUGUUAGAACAAUGAUUUAAAUGGAAGAAUCUGUUUCUAAAUAAAAAAUUGAUACAACAAAAAAAAAAUAUACUAGUUUGUUAAAUUUAUCUAAUAUUGAUAUAACACCUUUAAAAGCAUAAUAAUCUUUAUCUAUAUAUGGUAAGUCUGAUUAAAAAAAUCGAUCAAUUUCAUAAAAGAAUAAGUUAGCAAGUGUAAUUGAUGCAUUCAGUCCUGAAAAAGUUUCUGAAGAAUAAUUAAAAGAAGUAUUUGAAGUAUUUCUUUAAUUUAUAAAAAUAUAGAUCAAAAAUAGAAUGGCUAAACAUAAAAUAGUUGUACCUUUAAAAAAAAUAAUGACUGGUUUAAUUGCUCCAACUAUAGAUAAAAAUAAUUUGUAAGAUAAAAUACCAGAUAUUGGAUCAAUGAUUAUGAACAAUCCUUUUGAAGUAGCAAAGAAAACUAAGAAGAAGAAAAAAAAGAAAAAAGAAUGA